AGAUGUGUAAAACACGCAUUUUAGGCUUUAGUCAAUUUUGGCAACAGCAGGUUCACAGGCGCCACAAGACUUUGUUGCUUCUCUUUCUCUCAAUUCCCCCAUCGAUUCUGUUUUUGCUGUGAUUCCCCCGACGAUCCCUGAGCCAAGAGAGGGACCACAGAGAGAAAGAGGGAAGAGUAGGUGAAGGCAGUGCUCUGAAUACACUGAAAGAAGGAAGUGAAGAGUUAGAGGUUGGAGGACCUCAUACAGGAAGGAGACAUAAAGAAACAACUGCCAUACACAGCAGCACACUGAGAGAAAUCUAUAAAACCGCCCAUGACAGAAACGGAGACAGAAGUAACGACGGAAUGACAAAAUACGAAAGACAAGGGGAGUCCAGGAAGUUUGACCCAAACUUCAAAGGGCCGAUUCACAGCAGGGGCUGCACAGAUGUCCUCUGCUGUAUUCUCUUCAUCGUGGCCUUGUUCGGGUACUUUGCUGUCGGCAUCGUCGCCUGGUCUCAGGGUGACCCCAGGAAAGUGAUCUAUCCCACCGACAGCAGGGGGCAGUUCUGCGGACAAGCUGGAACACCUCUGGAGAAGAAGCCUCUUCUGUUCUACUUUAACAUCCUGAAAUGUGCCAGCCCUCUGGUACUGCUGGAGUUCCAGUGUCCCACCACACAGUUAUGUGUGGAAAAGUGUCCUGACAGGCAUCUGACGUUGAUGAAAGCCAAGUUAGGCAGCAAUGAAGACCGUGAAUACUACCAACAAUACUGUAAGGAUGGCGUGAACCUUACCAAAUUGAGUCCUCCUGAGAUCCUGAAGGAUGGCCUGUGUCCUGCCAUUCUGAUGCCCAGUAAAGCCUUCACGCGUCGCUGCCUUCCUGCCUUGGGAACGUUGAAAGGUGGGGUAGUGGUGGUGGGCAAUGAGACCACUUUCACUGAUGGAAAGGGCUCCAGUAUCAAUGCCACAGACGUGCUGGAGGCAUCCAAGAAAUCAAAUGUGGUUGUUGAAGCUCGCCAGGUGGCCAUGAGAAUCUUUGAGGACUACACUCAGUCUUGGCACUGGAUAUUGCUUGGUCUGGUGAUCGCCAUGCUCGUCAGCUUUAUUUUCAUCGUCUUGCUGCGAUUCCUUGCUGGCAUCAUGGUCUGGGUCAUGAUUGUUCUGGUUAUUCUAGUCAUCGGAUAUGGGAUUUUCCACUGUUACAUGGAGUUUGCGAGUCUGAAGGGAGAGCCGGGCUCUGACGUCACCAUCCGUGACCUGGGCCUGCAGACGGACUUCUCUGUCUACCUGCAGAUCAGACAGACCUGGCUGGCUUUCAUGAUCAUCUUGGCUAUUGUGGAGGUCAUCAUCAUCCUGCUCCUCAUCUUCCUCAGGAAGAGAAUCAUGAUUGCCAUCGCCCUCAUCAAAGAGGCCAGCAGAGCUGUUGGGCACGUGAUGUCAUCGCUGUUCUACCCACUGGUGACCUUUGCCCUCCUGGCGGUGGUGAUCGCUUACUGGGCCAUCACUGCUGUUUUCUUGUCCACCUCUAAUGAGCAGGUAUACAAAGUGUUCAACAACUCUGAGUGUGAGUACUCACGAGAGACCUGCGACCCCCAGACAUUCAACACCUCCAACGCUUCAGCUCAGUGUCCUGAUGCAGAGUGCCUGUUUGCCUUCUAUGGUGGGGAGACCUAUUACCACAAAUACCUCAUCCUGUUCCAGUUCUACAACGUCUUCCUCUUCUUCUGGUGCGCCAACUUUGUGACGGCCCUGGGCCAGGUCACUCUGUCGGGAGCCUUCGCCUCGUAUUACUGGGCCUUCAAAAAGCCGGAUGAUAUUCCCUCCUAUCCCAUCUUCUCCUCACUGGGACGAGCCCUCCGAUACCACACAGGCUCCCUGGCUUUUGGCUCUCUGAUCCUGUCUAUUGUCCAGGUCAUCAGGGUCCUUCUGGAGUACCUGGAUCAAAAGUUGAAAGGUGCUCAGAACAAGUUUGCUAAAUUCAUGCUAAGCUGCAUGAAGUGCUGCUUCUGGUGUCUGGAGAAAUGCAUCAAGUUCCUUAACAGGAAUGCUUACAUCAUGAUUGCCAUCUAUGGAAAAAGUUUCUGCCCCUCAGCUCACGAUGCCUUUUUCCUUCUCAUGAGGAACAUUAUCAGGGUGGCUGUUUUAGAUAAAGUGACUGACUUCCUGCUGUUUCUCGGGAAACUCCUCAUUGUUGGAAUCGUUGGCAUCUUCUCUUUCUUCUUCUUCUCUGGAAGAAUCAGAGCGAUAGAGGAUGCUGCUCCAUCUCUGAACUACUACUGGGUGCCAAUACUGACGGUGGUAGUGGGAUCCUACCUCAUCGCCCAUGGCUUCUUCAGCGUGUACGCCAUGUGUGUGGACACACUGUUCCUCUGCUUCUGUGAGGACUUGGAGAGAAAUGACGGCUCGCCUGAAAGGCCUUACUAUAUGUCCCCCGAGUUGCACGAGAUCCUCUCCAAAACCAAGAGCCUGGAGGAAGACCGCGAUGGUGUCGAGCAGGGCGAUUCUGCGGAUGCCACGAAGCGAGCGGACGAGGUGACACUGGAGGAGGAGACCCCUCUCCAGCAGCAUCAAGAUGGAGAGAUCCAACUGAAACAGCAGACGGUGCUCAAGCAGGAAAACGAGGAGGAGCAGCCUCUGCAGGCCACGGUGACGGAUGCCGAAGAGCCAAAAGAGGAGAAAAACGAAGAACAAAAAGUCAGUCCGGAUGAGGAGGCUGAAAAGAAAGAAGAAGCAGAGUUGAAAGAAGAGGCGCAACAGCAGGUGUUGAAACCGGAGGAAAAGACAGAGGAGGCGUCGCCUCCCGCUGUGGAGGCUGAGGAAGAGAAGACUGAUGAGAAGAAAGAGGAAAAAGAGGAAUCUUUGGAGGAAAAUCCUCCCUCUGCACCACAGAAGUAGAUGUUAACAGUAAUAAAAGAGUGAAAAAAUGAGGCUUGGUAAACCUCAUAAAGAAUGAAAGAACUGUAUCUACAACUGUGUGACAUGCGCCUGUUAAAUGUACGGCAAGCUAAAAUUUCAGAUGGCCUUGCUUUUGUGAGUGAUGUGACGUCCAGCUGGAGAGGGUUGUGGUCCACACGUGAAGUUCAAAGCAGGUCAAAAGCCCAGUGCAUCUCUGUAGCUUGACAAAAAAAUGCUCUCUUGUGUUGGUUGUAGAACAGUGUUGGUUUUUAUAUUGUGAAGAUCUGUAGAACAUUGUGAGUGCUGAACCUGUGCCUGAUUACUGUCACUAAUAUUUGUUGUCUGAACCCUGUUAAUGAAUGCACUACAGAACCACUAAGUACCAUGUUUACAGUCACAACACACACAUCUCAAUCAACGGUGAAUGUCUUUCACUGUUUACAAUAAUACCAGCUGACGCCAAAAUGUUACAGACACAUUUGAUAUACUGUAUGAAUAGUUGAUUUUUUUUUUUCCUAUGGAACUUAUAUACAGUAGUAAACGUCUAUUAUGGAUUUUUUUGGCUUCAGUCUUGUAGAGAUCCAAGAUGGUGUCCCGUGUAUUGUAUUGCCACCUACUUGCCUUGGUAUUUCGGACUGGCGUAAGUGCUGUGAUUGUGUCUCCGUGACGCAGCCAUCGUGACCUCUCUGCGGACCCCCCACCCUCCCUUCCCGUUGUUUACUGAUCCACCUGCCUUGCUCUGUCCCUAUCCUCUCUCUGUCUAAGUGCUGCAUGGUGUUGACAUGGCCUUCUGAAUGCUCGCAACUAACAUCUUAAUUCUCUGGAUGCUUUUGUACCCUUUUUUUCUUCUUUGUCACCGUGAACGAUGUAAGCUGAUUUCCCAAUGAAAUUGCUGAUGACAUUCCAUAUUUAUUGGAUGUAAAUCUUGAUUAAAGGUGAUUGUAUUUAAUCAUAGUAGUUCUGUUGUGUGGGUAAACGUGUGAGUUUGAAGGUGGUUUGGCGUAUUGGAAGCAGGUGAGUUUUCAUGUCCAACAAAGUCAGCCUGUGUCACAUACUGUGAUGAUUUUGUCUUAAAGGGGCACUCCAACAAUUUGACAUGUUAAAGCCAGUCUUGUCAAGGGAGUACCACUCAGCCUGUGAAACAGAUAAUGGUUUCUGUAGCUUUGGAGUAGGCUUUUCUUAAAUCUAUGGAAAUGAAAGGACAGGAA